AUGUUCCGUCGCUUCACGGUCGAAGAGAGCGUGUCCGGGCAAUCUGCGAUGAAGUCGUCGCAGCAGCGGGCGGCACGUCAGAAGAUCGUGCAGCAGCUGCCGACGAUCGAGCCGUACAUCGACAGCUUCUUCCCGAAGAAGGAGAAGACGAUCUCGGCCAAGUGCGCGGGGCACGUGACGAUCUUGGCGAGCGCGGGGGGCGUGCCGCUGUUCUUCCAGACGCGCGACGGGGCGUACGUGCCCACGCUGCGCACGCUGCACAAGUACCCGUUCCUGCUUCCCAUCCUCAGGGUCGAUCGCGGCGCCAUCAAGCACGUCAUCAACGGCGCAGACGUCAUGGUACCCGGCCUCAGGUCCAGCAGAGCCGUCAUUGAGGACGAGGUCGAGAGGAACUGUGUCGUCGCGGUUUAUGCAGAGUCGAAGGAACACGCCAUUUGUGUCGGUAUUACCAAGAUGAGCUCGCAGCAGAUGAGGUUGAAUGAUAAGGGAAUCGCGGUGGAGAGCAUGCAUUACGUCUCCGAUGGGCUGUGGAAGUGUUCCGAGUUAUCGUAGAGGGGAUUUGGGAAGGGGGCGCUAUGACAGUGUUUUUUUUUUGUCGUCAUGCCUUUGUUUGUACAGCAUCCGCGCAAUGGUCGUAUACUCCGUCGCAUACAUCCCGUCUCCAAGCGGAAAUCGUUUUCGCUUUGAGUGCUUUGGCAAGUACGUAUGUACAGAGUAUCCAGAGGACGGGAAGCGGCAAACGCCGGUCAAGUGAGGGGACUGUCGUGUGAUUGGCCGUUAUCCGUGGUGAGAAAAGAAUGUCGCAUCGCGCCGCGCGAUCUUUUAUAGACGCGGCCGUACUGCGAGGUUGGAGCAUGGCGUCUGGCGCGCAGGGGGGAAGGUUGCCCUGGCCAUGUUGUGCUUUGUGUGUGGCGGGCAAGGGCCGGUAGCACUAGCGGCACUGCCAGGAGAGUCUACGUUGACGCGCCAUGUAUGGGACUGUAAGGGGUGUGGACGAAGCAAGUGGAAAUGCCGGCCGGCAUUUCGAAUUACGUAUCUCGGGUUUCUCGCAGUCAAUGUUAGGCGAUUGAUGGUGUUCAGCGUCGCUUGCGACUUAGGAGGUCGUGAUUUGGCGCAGUAAUGGGACCGCACAGGAGCUCGUCUUGAGACGGUUGGACUAGGCGAAGGUGACAUUGACCCGCCAUGACAUGGUACGGCAGGAUGCUUGCGGGGGGGCCCAGUGACUGUCUGCUUAUGUGCGUCAAGGUGGAGAGGUUUGUAGAAAGGUUGGAAAAGCAAAAACAAAGUGGCCCUUAUUUUCCCCAAAA